AGCAGUAAUCGAAGAGGUAGAAGACUGACAUACCGAUAGUAUCAAAGACCAGUUUCUGAAUCUCUCUGUGACACUAGAGGCAUUCUACAAAACGUCAAUCGAACGGUAUUUCAAUGAUUCAAUUCAGACUUCUGACAGAAAUUUAUCUAUUUUCUUCCAUUAAUAAAUUCAUAAAAAAGCAAUGAACGGAAUAAGUGCCUCAACCGAGACCCAGCAGAAGCAAAAGCGUUGUACAAUCAUGGCAGAGAUUCAACAGGUGGAGGACAGCUUGAAGGACUCUUUGCACAGAGUCCAAGUAAUCGAGAGAAAAUUAGAAACCCGACUGUUGACAAGUGAGAGUCGAGAGAGACUGGAACGAGAACUCGAACUCGUAAAGGAAGUCUUGAAAAAAAAUCAAGAACAAUUGCUUUAUCUCAGGAAGCAAAAUACGAAGUCCUUCAUGGUUGCUGCAGCAAUUGCCUUCGCUUGCUUUCUAGUGUAUGGACUCUACCUUCUCGUUACUAAUACAAGGUGAUGAGUAAUUGUAUCCGAACAAUUCUAAGAAAUAUCUUUUAGUACAUUCCGGGUAGAGAUAGGGAUAUAGUAAAUAAUGGACCAAUAUUGACACUCAAUCUGACAUUAUAUCAACUUUAAGUAUUCAAUAAACUUUAGUAUUUUCUUUAUAAA